ACAUUUCUACUUCCGGUGAAUUCCUAUGCGUCUGUGAGCAACGGAAGAGUUCUUGACAACGACAAAGAAACGUCGUCAAAAGUUUUGACAAUGUCUCAGAGGCCACCCACGAGCUCACGUCCCAUCACAGGGAAGCCUCCUGGAACAGCGGCUGGUCGACAGCCUGGAACUGCCACUCGACUUACGACAGCCAUGAAUCCUGCAGCAGCAAGACCUGGCACAAGGGGUGGACAAGUCGCAGGUGGUGUUGCUUUGAAUGCCCAAGUGACUGUGGUGGACCGACCCACGACUCAGCAAGGACUUGGGGGGAUGAAGACAGCAGCAAGAGGUGGCAGACAGGUUCAGGACAAAACUUAUUACCUGGGUCUGAUUAGAAGCAAAAUCAAUGAAUUGAAUGCAGAAAUCAUCAAACUAACCAAGGAUAUUGAAAAUGCCAGCGAGGAAAACUCUAGCUAUUUAGCUUAUGAAAAGAGGGCAGAAGCUCUUGCUACUGAAAUUCGAGAUCUUCAGGGGGAACUUGGCGACUAUAACACACUUGUGGAUAAGCUGACAACAGAUGAAGACAUUCAAGAUGUUGAGUUUGACUGCAACAAUUUGAAGUCUCAGAAUGACCGAGAUGCCAAAAAGAUUGAGGAGUUAUUUGACGUAAAAAAACAGAAAGAGGAUCAGAUUCAGCUAUUAGAGACAGAAAUGGAUCAGGAGCGACGAAUGGCAGAUAAUAUGGUGAAUGAUAUGAAACCAGAAAUGAGACAGCAUUAUAUGAAACUGAAAGAGCUAAAUCAGCACCUUUUGCGACAGUUAGAAUCAGGACAGCAGGAACUAGACCAGCUCAACUCUCGCAUUGAGGGUCUUCAGGAAGAACUCUCUCAGUCUCAAGUGAAACAAGAAGCAGUGCGCCUUUAUGAUCAACUCCACGAGCUGGAGUCUAAACGAAAUGCCCUGCAGGAAGAGGCGAAAACACGUGGUUCACCAGCUGAAGAAAGGGAGAAACUUCUGAAACAGGUGAAAGAGGACAACCAGGAGAUUGCAUCCAUGGACCGCCAGUCCAGGGAACUGCAGGAGAAGAUUGAACAAAUGCAGCAUGAAAUUUCACAGUUAGACCUUGACAUUGAAGAGAGUCAAGGAGAACGAAACCAAAAAUAUAAGGAACUGAAGAAAAGGGAGGAGAGCAUGGAUGAAUUUUUGAACAGUUUUGAAGAAAAUAAAGCAGAAGAACUGAAAAAAAUAGCAGAGCUGGAAACAAAUAUCACAACACUUCUGGAGCACAUGAGCAGGAACAUGGGCCGCUUCACAAAUCUGCCAACUCCCAAAGAUCUUAUGACAAUGAAGGAAGACUUGGCUUUCAAAGAAGAUGAGAUGAAAAAGUCAGAAACCACCACCAUUGAGCUAGCAACACAACGAGAUAAACUGCAGCAAGACCUUCAGAAGAUGGAUCAGUUUGAGGAGAAACUGAAGGAGGAGCUAGUGGUAAUCAAGAAGAAGGCAGACCAGAUGGAAAAAGAUGUGGCCAUGUACAGUGAUCUGGAAAAACUGCGGGCUGAUGCAGAAGCAAAGAAACAGAAACUAAUGGAGAGCCGUGUAAUUUUACAAAGGAGGCGGGAUACCUUUAAGAAACAGAUGCAGCUUUUGAAUGCAGAUUACAACAGCCUGAAAGCUCAGCUCAUGGAAAAUGAAACAUACACACAGCUGUGCAAUCUGGAGAAAAAAUGGCAGCAUCAUGAACAAAACAACUUUUCAAUGAAGGAGUUCAUUUCUGCCAGAACAAUGGAGUGUGAUUUCCAUCCCAUUAGUACUCAAGUCUACACUAAAAUAGAGGACUUCAACAACAGACUACAAACAUUUAUGUCUGGAAAAGCCAGCUACUGAAUGUAGUGCUAACUCCACAAAACUUAAGAUUUUAAUAAAUAAAAAAAAAAAGACAUCCUACGGCGAAGCUGGAGAUAACUGGGAUCCAUAAAGUUAAAAACUGUGAUCUAAACCAUCGUUCUCAAAACAACUGUUUGCAGCUCUGAAACAAUUGCUAAUAAGGUACCUAGAAUGUUUCUUACUCUGCGCUUUUAUUUUAUGUACAUUUUGAGCAGAGUUAAUUCAAGCUGAAAUUGCUUCAUCAGUUUAACAUUUUCGGAUGGGUUCUGCUGAGGGGGAACUAAAGGAUCAUGUGAUCACCAGUGUCAACUUGGUACAAGCAUGAAAUCAUGUGCUGGCCCAGAAUACUUCAGAAUAUCAAUCUCUUCUCAGUGAGAGAGAAGUGUUUGAACACUUGGUGUAGACAUAGCUGAUGUUUUAGAUUUUGUAUUGCGCUAAAUGGCAUGAUCUUACCACGCAAAAAAUGUUAAGCUGGAUUUCCAAUAUCAAGACCCCAAGAAAUUUUAAUUGCCACUUGAAUGGCAUGUCCAGUGUUUGUUAUAUAUAAAAUUGUAAUUAAAGACUGGAAUUCUGUUAUUGUGCUCUCAUCUAAUAUUAGUCCUCAGUAUGAAGCACAUCACACACACCGAGAAUCUGAACAUCCUCUGGUGCAGGGGUGGGCAAGGUUUACUUGUGUGGGCCGGUAAAAUACCAAACAAUCCAGACCAGGUGACUACACAACACACCUAGUGAUAUAGGAAUGGACAAAUGAUUACACAACAGUGUUCGCUUACUGAAUUUUUGUUUGUGAAGUUAAGCUGUGUGAAUUUACUCGCAAUAAAACUUUCUUUUGAAGGGAGCCACCCCCAGUGCUCUCGUACUCCAUCAGA